AUGCCACCCUCCCCCCUCCACCCCCGCUCCUCCCAAACCCUCUCCCUCUUUACCAGCACCCUUCUUCUUUCCUUCCUGGUUGUCUCUCUCCCGCAUAUGAUCCCCUGCCCCUCCGACACGGGGCGCCGGCGCGCGUUCGCGGACGGGGAGAUGGACGGGGUGUCGGGGUCGGGGAGCGUACGGAAUGAGCGAAGAAGGAGGAGGGUGGGAGAUGAUGGGAGAGGGAGCGGGUGUGUGGUUGCUGGGACGGUUGGGGAGGAGAUAGAGAGGGGAGGGGAGGAUGGGAGGAGGAGGAGGAUAGGGAGGGAGAGGGAGAGGGAGUGUCCGGUGCCGAAGCCGGGAGGGGUUGUGGGGAGAUGGAUGGGGUGGGAGGGAAGAGGGGAGCGGGAGAGUUUGAUUGUGAAGGUAGAGCGAACGAGGAGGAGAGGGGUGAUGGGGAAUGGGGACGGGCGGGAGGGGGAGUCAUGA